UUGAUGAAACUGCCAGUGGCCAGUGAUUCCUAUUCCUAUCCUAUUCACCGCAAUCUCCAGCAAUCUCCAGCAUCGCAACUCGUCGUUCUUUAUUCUAUGCGUUUGCGUCGGUUGGGUUAUAGAAAAAAUAUGGAAGCGGAACCCUUAGAACUUGAAGACGGAGAAGUAAUAGACGAUGAGACUAGUGAUAUUGAAACUUACAAUGUUUUAAAACGGCCUCAUGCAGUUGCAAAUAAAGAAGAAGAUGUAAAAAUAGGUUAUAGCGAUGAGUCUGAUGAUUCUGCAGAUUCUGAAAGUGAUUCUGAUUCAGAUUCUAGUCAUAUUAAAAAUAAGAAACCUAAAUUAAAACUGAAACAGUCUAGAAAUGAUGUACGAAAAAAUUGGAGAGAUAAAAAUGACAAAUACAAGAUUUGGUGCACUCAAGUACAAGAGGAAUCCCUGACAGAAAAUUUAGUAUUAUGUGGCGUGACCAAACAAAAUCUGGAACGUAGUGUUGAAAGUUACAGUAUUCCGCACCAUUAUACUUUCAAUGGUAGGAAUAUGGAACAUCGUAAUAACAAUAGUUCAGAAGAUGAAAAGGAUGGCGAGAGAAGAUUGACAAACAAAAGAACAAAUUUUGAUAGAAGCAAUGUUAAAUUAAGAUUAGGGAAAAAGCGUAAUUCAAUGGAUGUAGAUAAUCAAAAAGGAUCUGCACGAAAAAUAGGAGACUUGAGUACAACAGUUGAAUCGACCGAUGCUGAUGUAGCUGCAGACAUAGCAGCAAAACUUUGCGAGAAAAAGGAUGUCCUUAUAAGAAGGAUUGUUGAUAUAAUUGGUAAAGAGAAAGCUAUUAAUUUCUAUGAAAAAACAAAGGAAAUCGAAGAAACAGGAGGAAUGCUAAUUAUGAAUGGAUCCAGGAGGAGAACUGCAGGUGGUGUAUACUUGUGGUUAGUGAAAACAGAUGAACAUAUCCCACAAGAAAAAAUAAGGGCGAUUUUUUAUUAUGAUAAGAAAGAGCACUCUGAUCAAAAGAAGGUUGAUGCUGCUGCAAGGAGACAGAAAGCGCAAGAAUUAAUUAAGUGUUUAGAAAAUGGCUCCGAAAAGGAUCUACCUGCUUUGUUAACGAAAGCAGAAUUGUCUACAACAGAAAUAGCAGAAGAAGCAAGAUUAAGACGCGGAGAGGACAUGGAUAGAAUGCCAGUGGAUUCUGAAAGAACGAUGACUAAUCCACCACCUAGCCCAGUAACGGACGAUCCAGAUCAUUCGGAGCAGCCGCUUGUAGAAAGGCAUGUACAAGAAUAUGGAGAUGAUUUUCUCGACAUUGGGAUAGACAUAGACAGUAUGGAAGUACUUUAAAACAUUUUUAUCAUUUGUUUCUAUGUAUCCAGAUAAUUUGUACAGAAUGAGUUUUAAUCUUUGGAAAACACACAUUAUGUGAAUGUGAUUCACAUUUCGUAUGUUUGCCUACAAUAUAUACAAAAAAAAACAACAUGAACGUGAUCGAAGUGUCAGUCGAUUCGCAUCUAUUGCAACGACGUUCCAUAUUGUGAUAAAAAUAAUUUAUCAAGUGUACAUAUUAUAAUAUGAUAACAUAGUUUGUUACUUUCUCAAAGUUUAAAAAACAAAAAAUAUUUGUAUACUCUUUUCCUAUGUUUCAUUUAACAUGUUUGUAUUUAUUAUUAAGAUGCAUGUAAAAAAAAGAUGUAAGAGACGUAACAAGUAUGAGAUUUUGUAGAAAUUACAAUAACGUGAGAUACACAGAUAAUUAACGUUGCGUCGUUUCUAUGAAAUUUUCAUUGUUGAACAUUGUUUAUGUACAUAAAAGUCAUUAUGAAAAUAAAUAUUAGACUAUUUGUA